AUGCGUUUCUCCCUCGCCGCACUCCUCGCCAUGGCUACAGUGGCCUUGGCCGCUACGCACCCCUCCAAUACGACGACAAGCACCACCAAAACCGCCACUGCCACGGCCAAAGCGUCGGCCUCCCACUCGGCCAGCAAGAGCAAGAACGCCGGCCCGAGAGAGACAGCGGCCAUUGCACUGGGCAUCAUGGUCGGUGGAAUGGGCCUUGCUGUCAACUUGUAG